AUCAAUCAUCCAUUGCCCAAUAAAACGUCCAUUACCACGCAAGCGCAAGGCAUGCAUGCCCCCAACAAGACAUGACAUAUAGUGCGUCGGUUUCCUUCCAUGCAGGCAGACUGGGAGAUAAAGGUCUUCAUACACCCUGACUGUACAUCUAUCUACACACCACACAUGAAGAAGAAUGGAUGGAUAAAAGAGCGAAUCGAUCAGGGCAGAGGCAUUGUGUCCCCCUCCGCCGUCACACGUCGAGCUUUCGAAACACCACAGUGCUCCUCUCCCGUUCAUCCGUCUGGCAGGCAGGCCUCAGAACCAUCACCGCUCACUCAGCCGCUGCCAGUCGACUUGCCACCUGAAGCCUGAAACGAGUUGCCUUCAUUCAUCUGUGUGUGCCAGGCUUCCUCCCGCUGCGCCCCCCUUUGUCUAAUCCAGAUAGAUAUCUGCCUGACCUGCUGCAGCGCGUAGACCUCCAUAUCCGCACACGUGAGCAAGCGAGCAGCAGCCAAAGUCGCCCAUCGGUCGUCGGUGAAGCUGCCCACAUCCACAUAUGUCUUGCCGGCGGGCAGCUCGGCCCUCCGCACAUACUGAUAGCAGCAUCGCAGGUCGCCGGCCGGACGGCCAUCCUGCCCCCCAAACCCCAGCCACAGGCGGCCGUGACCGAUGCACACAUUGCCGACAUUAAUGCCGUUGGCGGCCUUGAUCGCCCCUUGUGUGCCGGCGACCUCCACCCGCCGGUGGAUGUGCGGCACUGUUAUCUCGACGAUGCCCCCAUCCUCAGCAAAUGCGCCAGACACCGAGUACAAGGCAACAGGGCAGCGAGUCGUCUGCACUCCAGCGGCGUCAGCCGGCUGCUUGAGCGUUCCGUUGAUGUGACAGGCGAUGACGUGGUUAGCAACGUCCUUGAUGACCAGCAGCAGAUUGCUCGCUGUGCCCACCUUGGCCACCAUGGUGGGGUACAUCCAGCCGUCACGCUCACCCCUGAGACACACACACACGCAAAAGGGAGAAAGAGAGCGAAUCAGUGAGUCGGCCGUCUGUCAGUGGUUUAUCCCCACUUGUAGAGCGGCCGCCCCGUGGCAGUAGUAUUGCCCGUCAUGUUGAUGAGCUCCUGCAGCUGAGCACCAGACAGAAUGGGGUCGGCUGCGCGAGUGGUCCACACCUGCACCCAGACAGCCACACAGAUACCAAACAGACACAUCUCACACACACAUUCACGUCAGCCCCUCCCGUUGAUGUCUGUUCAGACUGACCUGGUACACCUCCAGCCGCUGAGCAGUGAAGGUCUGGCUGCCGGCCAAGGUGGCGUCUCCGUCGUCGGUGAAGCUGCCCACGUAUGUCUUGCCGGUGGGCAGGUCGUCUUUGUUCACCCACUGCCUGCAGCUGCGAAUGUCGUCGAUUGGACGACCAUCCUGCCCCCAACCCAGCCACAGGCGGCCACCACCAAUUGCGACGUAGCCGCCACCGCCCCUUUCACACUUAACCACCCCCUCUGCACCGGUGAUCGUCAUGUACUGCCGGUCGUGUGGCACUGCGAUUUUGACGAUGCCGUCGUCCUCGCUAAACGCACCAGUGAUGGAGUAGAAGGUAAUGACGCGGCCGGUGAAGACCUCUGCUGUGGGGUCGGUUGGGGCGAUGAGGGGCCCAUCAAUGUGGCACGCGAAGGCGUGAGGCCGGUCCUCACUAGUCUCACACUCGGGCUGGAUGACGAACAGCAGCCCGCCGUCCGCACCUCCCACCUGCUUGAAUAGAGCCUCGUGGUGGGACCCGCCGUGCAUAAAAUCCCUGACGCACGCAGACACACAGAAGGGAGGGAGGUUGCCUGUUGUGUGUUCUCAUUCUCUCUCCGCUGUGAGGGCUCACCUGAAAAGGCAGCGUAUGUGGCUGUGUGAUUUGCCGAUCAUGGAGAGGUACACCAGCUCCAUGAGGUCGUACAUCUCGAGUGUCCUCAGCAGCUGCGGCCAGUCGUCGGUGAUGGGGAGGGGCGGGACGGCAUCGGGCGACAGCCGACGGCGGCGAACGAAAUCCACCACCCUGAAAGAGAACCAAACCAGACCACGUACAGAUGUCAAGGGUCGGCCUCACUAGCGUUGCCUUACUUGUCGAAGGUGGUCGUCGGCACCUGAGUGACGGGCGCCGCAUACCUAUGGGAGGGAGCGGCAAAUCCAGUGAUUACUGCGCCAUGUCAGUUCUCCUUCUCUGCAUGCCAUGCCCCACUUGGUGAACCGGUCGUUGAAUGUCCUGUGGUCGUCCAGCGUGGCGUCGGUGGUGGCCUCGGUGGUGCCAUUCACACACACGCUCAGCACCUCACAGCCGCCCUGCCCACCCGCCGAUGACUUGAUGAACCCCCCGAUGGCCUCCAUGAAGCUGUGGAAGGCCUCACUGUCUUCAUCUCCCUCAUGCGCUUCGAUGGUGAGUGCCGUCUUGGCCAUGAAUCGUUCGUGGUAGAAGGCGAAGGCGCUGCAGCCAGCAUGGAUCUCCGCCACGUCGAUGUGAUUGGUUAUCAGGUAACGAAGCUUCCGAGCCAGCCUUAUUCCACACAGACACACACACAGACAGGGAGCACUUAGCACUGAUACAUACAUCGCUGCACAUGCAUGUUGAUCUCUCUCACCAGAUGAAGUAGAAGGGGUCUGCGUCGAUGAAAGUGGCGCCGUCGGUGUCCUUGAGCAGCCACUCAUCGAAGCGGUGCAGCAGCACCGCCAGGCGUGUGUCCUUGAGGCCAUCGCGGAGAAGCACUUCACGAGGGAACGGCCUGACGCAGCCGCCAACGUUGAGCUCGAAUGGCUUGUCUGCUUGUUUGCUUCUGCUGUUUGCCGCGCUCGUGGCGGUGACGAACGACAUAUUAGCGGUCAUCCUGAUAGAGAUCUGACUGAUUGAUGACAGCUAAUGACAGCCGGUCGGUGCUUGUCUGUACUUUGUCUGUCAAGGCUGAGUUGCUCUGCUUCUCUGUCUUCGG